AUGGACUGGCCUAAUGCCGAAGAAGAUUUUGAUGAUAACGAUUUUGGAAAUUUCAAGUACAGCCAAAGUCGGUUCAAGAUCAUCAGGAAACUUCAAUCCGAUAAGGAACUAAUAUGCUGGAAUAUUCAAUCCUCUGAGGACUUGAGGGAAUGGAUCGAGAAGAACAAGUCUUUGCUUAAUUGUGUUUGCGAGCAUGGAAUAUUCGCCAUCAUCUUUAAUCGGAGCAGUAGUUCGGAUUAUUCGUCUCCAUCAUAUCUCCCGGUCUCUAAGCAUGAAUUCAGUCAACUCGUCGAAAUAUUCCGAAUACACCGUGCCAUAGUUCGAACUAUCCGUCGGGAAAUUACAAUUCUGAUUCCUGAAGUAUAUACCGCGAGAACUAGUUCAGCAUGGCCAGAUGAUAUUGCCCUCUCUUCGACCUACUUAAGUCAUAGGAAGCUUAGCUUAUCAGUAUUCUACGGAUGUAAUGAUGAGCAAUCGUCUAAUAUCGAGAGACGUCUGGCAGAAGCUGGCGACGCCAUAUACCACCCAAUGCUGACUCCUGGUAUACUGAUUGAACUGGACCGUAAGCGUCUUGUGGAAGAAGUAGAGUCAGUUCUUGAUCCGUUCGUGUCGAGUACAGAAGCACUCUGCUGUACAUCUAGGGACCCCGAAAGUAUCUUGAAUAGAGAGGGGGAAAGCACUGAUGAGCUAUUGAAUCUGUACAAUGGCACUAGCGAAUUGGCCAAGGGGAUUCGGAAGGUAAAACGGCAGAUCUCAGAUAUGUGCAAGCACACCCAUGAGCUUGAGGCCAUAUUUGCGAUUACAAGAAUAAAGUGGAAAUCCCGGAGGAGAUCAGGCCUCGGGAAAAAGGAUAGAGUCCAACUUGAUGCCUCUUUGAUGUCAUCAAAUAUUGAAACUCGAAUUCGCGAGCGUUUGACGGAGAUCAAGUCCGAAUAUGACGAGAAACUUGACGAAUGUCAGAUGGUUCUCAAUGGGUUGAACUUCACGACGCAGAUGGCAUCGGGUCAUGUCGCGAGACAUCAAACCUUUGCUAACACCCGCAUAUCUAUCGAAACGAAGCGAGAUAACGCACAGAUGCGUUCAAUAGCUCUAAUGACCAUGAUAUAUCUUCCAUUAACAUCAGUUGCUUCUAUUUUCUCAAUGGGCGUCUUCAACUGGGGGGCUACCGAGGGACAAUCUGUACUGACGUUUUACUUCUGGGUAUACAUAGCUAUCGGAGGUGGCCUUACUAUCUUAACACUUGGGUUAUGGUGGGGGCUAACUCGGGGCGGUUCACACACGAAGGAACAUCAUGAAGCCACCGAGGUGGCGAAAAUAGCUUGA